UGGCAGUGCUGGGCCUGGGGCACCUGAUGGCUGGCCUCCUGGCUGUGUGGGCAGUGCUGGCUCAUGUUCAACUCACAGUCACCCAUGACCCCCAGAUCCCUUUCAGCGGGGCUGCUCUCCAGCAUCUCAUCCCCCAGUCUGUAUGUAUAGCUAGGGUUGCCCCUUCCCGGGUGCAGAAUCUGGCGUUUUCUCUUGUCUGCCACAUACAGAGCUGCUAGGUUUUACUGCAAGCAUUUUAGGAAAUCUGUAAGAAAAUGGUGGCGUCUUUCUUUCCCUGCUUGGGCAGCACUGUUUGCUAUCUGGUCCUCUUGCAGUAAGGACAGUUAUCAGUCAUAAGAACUUUUGUGAUGCUCCUGAUAUUGAUACAACACCCCUAAGUCUUCAUUCCAAGUCCUUAAACCCAUUCAUUCAGCAGCCAUGAGUAUCUAGCUAGGUUGUAUCUGUUGGGGUUUGACUUUCUGGUCAUUUGAAAAGACAGAGCAAGAGUACGUCAUCAGGGCUUGGAAAUGUUUUACUGCUGUGUGGAUGGAAAGUUUUGGGUUAGAAAAAAUUCAAAUUCUUUGGGGGAAGUAAUUAUAGAAUCACGGCAUGGCUUCAGUUGGAAGGGAUCCUAAAGGCCAUGCCUUUCCAACCCCCUGCUGCGGGCAGGGCUGCCACCCACCAGAUCAGGCUGCCCAUAAAAAAGAAUCCUAGUAGAGUUUGUAAACUCGUCUUGCAUGUUUCUCUGUUCUGUUGGUAUCGAUGGGUAAAAGUGAAUCUGUAACUCUUCCCAAUCCAGUGGGUCCCAAUGGCAACCCAAUGGCAGCGUGAUGCUUCUGUCAGAGGAGAAACACCAAAAGCAACCAACCAUCUAAGGAAGCAGCAAUAGAUGGUGCCUAUGGCAGGCGAAGGCUCUGCCGCCUCGCCCUGUGCCACCCCAGGGGAUGAGGGGUGUCCCGGAGCUGCCGAAGGGGUACGGAGGAUGGCCGGGAAGGUGCGGGGCUUUCCGCGGGGAUGCGCCGGCGAAGCAGAGCGGGGCAGGGCCGGCGGUUUCCGGGGCGAUGGGUGGGGAGAGGAGGAGGAGGAGGAGGAGGAGGAGGAGGAGGAAAAGGGGAGGAGGAGGGGUCCCCGCGGCUUUAUCUCCCACCCGGCUCCGCCCGCCGCCGGCUGCCUCCCGCCGCCGCUCCCCUCAGCGCGGCUCCGCACCGCGGGGCGGCCCGGGCGGCGCCCAUGGGCUGCGGCAACUCCACGGCCGGCGGCGCGGGCGGGCGAGGUGCCACAGGGACUACUAAAGACGUAGCAGAAGAAUCUGUAUCAGAUGAUGACAAAAGGAGGAACUAUGGCGGUGUGUAUGUUGGUCUGCCAUCGGACGCGGCUGCCAUGGUUUCCAGUCAGACAAAAGCUGCACCAAAAGAUUAGAAGGAAAUAAACACAUCAAGAGCCAAACAGCUGGAGCAGUUUUCUGCAAAGACCAGUUGCCAGUACUUUAGAGAGAGUUGUCUUUCUGCUGAAGAUUUUUAUAUUUAUGUAGCCUUCCAGAGAGCAAGACAGAUCAGAGCACCAAAAAACUAAACUGUCGCGAGUUCCAACUACGGGUAAAGCUCUAAGUACAACGUUGAAUCCGUUUGCUAUGAUGAUUGCAUUAUGGAAACCUCCUGCUGUUCUCCAGAGGAAAAUGAAGUUAAUGAACUCAUGGUGGAUGUUUCUGCACAAGAGCUAACUUUGAUGAUCUGCAAGUUAUUUCUCUGUGGCCAUAUUGCAGAUUUCAUCAGCUAUCAGCUAUGCUUCGUAUAUUUUCUCCAAAAAUUUUUAAUAGAUUUUAUAUAGAAAAUCAUUAUUACUGUCCACUUAAUAGUUCCUACGGUAGAUUCUUAUAAAUUAAUUGUUAAUUUACUUCAGAGUAAUAUAUUUAACAGAUUUGCAUCUUUUUGGUAAUAUUGCAAAUUUUACUAUUUUUGCUGUGAAAAAUUAAUAGGAUGAAAUAGGCAAAAGACCAUCAGGCUGUUUAUUAUUACUAUCAUCACUUUUAUACAUUGGAACAAAUACUAUUUAAUUUUCACCUUUUAAAAGUACAUUGCUCAAGGAAAUUUAUUUAAAUAAGGACAGUGUAUCUCAUCAUAAUGUGUAUGUCUGCUUUCAUUUUCUUCAGCUUUAUCUCUUUUAUAAAGCAUUAUGUGAAAAAAAAAAUGAAUGAAACAAACUAUUAUGUUAUGUCUUCCAUUCUCUGUGAUAUUACAGUGACGUUUCCUUGGGUAAGGGUGAAGUGAUGGUAUUGUCAGAAAUAGCUGGACUAAACUCCGGCAUUGCGUCCUUUUGAAAUGUAGUGAGUGUGAUCACUAUUUGAGUUUUGUGUCCUCAACUCACCUCCUAUCAUCUCAAGACUGGAAAAUAGUAACAGAAUCUGUUAUUGUUACUCCAGCAUAUUGAUGUAUUAAGUUAUGGAUUGGGGGGGGGGUUAAAAUUGAUUGCAUUUGUAACACCUGGAGGUUUUGCACAAAACAUAAAUCAAAUGAGAUGGUACAUUUCCAUAUGGCUGAGCAAGUAUUUUAAUUAUUAAAGCUUUUUGCAUAAUUUGUUAGUCGAACUUUUAAAAUAAGACACUAUUCAUACCACAUGCAUGUAUUACAGUAGAUUAAUGACCUCUUUUAAAAUAAAAAAACAAAAGCAAAACAGAAACUUUGGACAUCAAAUGAAACACUGAGAACCCUGAAAUUCCUGCCCAUUUCACCAAUAUCUAUUAAGACCAGUAAGCAAUUAUUGACCAUUAUUUCCUUCAGCUUUAGCUUUAAAACAGGCAGUAGUUUAGUUAGGAUGAGGUCUGUAAAGAGAAGUAUGUAAAAAUACUUCUUGCUUGCCACUUUUUAAAUGUUUGUGGCAAUAUUUACUUCUGUUCUCGAGAACUCUGCUGCUUUGCUUAUCAGUGCUUUCAAGCUUCUAGCUCCCAGGGACAAAUGUACAGCUCAUACUUGACCCCUUCAACCUAGAGCCUAGUUGAAAUACCUUGAAGAUUAAGAGUUGGUGUUAAAAUAUCUUAUUAUGAAUGAAUGUCUAUAAAUUACAUCUACAGACUCCUGUUCCUUCAAGCCAAGCUGAUGAGAACUCAAAUAGUGCUGGGUAAUAAACGUGCAGGUUUGCUUCCCAUCAGCUUACCACAGCAUAAGGAUAUAGUUUCCACAUCACAUGCUCCACAAACAGUCUGAAUGGUUUGAACAGCACAAGAUUAUUUAGCAGAGAGCAGCAAGGCCCAUGUCUGACCUAAUCAUGAUUGCCUUUCCCAAAGAAAAAUAAACAACAAAUCAAACAAAAAAAUCCCCCCCAAACCAAAACCAACAAGAGAAUAGUCAUCCUAGGAUAUACCAUAGUUCAGUUAGAAAAGCCAGUGAUAGACACCAGUAAUUUCUCCUUCCCAUGCUGGGAAGAAUCAUCGAAAAAGUGGACCAGGCUGUAUUCAAACAGCUCUUUUUCUGCUACUGACAUCAGAAGCCCCUUGUGUGGAUUGAGGACAAAACAAAGUGAUGUUAAAGAAUAGCUCCUAGGAGCUGGUGGUGAGACAGCUGAAGGAGUUGAAACUUGUUGGCAGUUGAAACUUUUUCUUGUUUUACGUCAUCACCUGAUUUUUCUUGUGCAGAGAUGCAAAGAGGUGAGCACGUUGCAGAAUUGCACUCUUAAUGAUUAAUCCUCUGAAUGUGUGGGAGGUAUAUAGUGGUUUCUUUCUUAAUAUUUUUGUUCCUCUGGAUCUUUUCACCACAAAAGCUUAGCAAUCAACUGACACAUGUUUCACUAUCAUGGGCUGAAACCUCUGCUGUAGAUCUACAUUCAUAUAUGCCAUGCACGGCUGUUCUUAUCAAACUGGAGAGCUAGGGCCAUGGCCUUGUCUUAGAUUUGCAAACUCUUGUCUUUUGUUUUCCUGAGGACCCAGAGAUGUAGAAACUUUAUGACAGUACUCAGUAUUCUGUCUUGGCCAAAUUCCACUUAGGGAACUGGUUGUCCACUCAUCAAAAUUCCUCUAUGGUGAGUAGCAUUUCCUAAGCCUUUGUUAGUAAAAGCACAUGACAUUUCUUGGGGAAUAGAGUAUACUCUUUCAAGGCUUACAAUCUAUGGAUAUUUCUUUUGGAGGAAGAACAUAAAAGAAGCCCUAUGUGCCAGCUGACAGCUGCAUAUUUGAUGGCAUCCUUGGAAGAUAUUUAGGCUCUCAUUGAUGGUUCAGUUCGAGAAUUACAAACAGAAAACAAGAAGCCAUUGAAUGGCAGAGUUAUUAUUAUUAAGGAAUAUACUUUGGUUUUGUCAAAACUUCUUGAAUUA